UUUGAUGCGCAGGCAAGAAAAAGUAAAAUCACUAACUACCCUUGCUUUUUGGCUACCCGUCGUUUAGACCUUCUGGUGACCCCAUUGGUAUAUCUAUAAAUAUCCAGCAAAAACACACCAAUAGCAAAGUGUAAUUGUUAUUUUCUCAGAAAAAAAAAAAAAACUGAAAAAGAAAAUACCUCAGCUCAGCCCGAUCGAGGAAAGAAACUAUAAUGGCUACUAUUAAGGUUGUCAAGGCCCGUCAAAUUUUCGACAGCCGUGGAAACCCCACUGUUGAAGUUGACGUCAAACUAACCGAUGGAAAAGUAGCUAGAGCUGCUGUGCCAAGCGGUGCUUCAACUGGUAUCUAUGAAGCUCUAGAGUUGAGAGAUGGGGGAUCAGACUAUCUUGGGAAAGGUGUCCUUAAGGCUGUGGAGAAUGUGAAUUCCAUUAUUGGACCAGCCCUGAUUGGCAAGGACCCAACAGAGCAAACCCAACUUGAUAAUUUUAUGGUACAACAACUCGAUGGAACAGUUAAUGAAUGGGGUUGGUGCAAACAGAAGCUUGGAGCAAAUGCUAUAUUAGCAGUUUCCCUUGCUGUUUGCAAAGCAGGUGCUCUUGUCAAGGAGAUCCCCCUUUACCAGCAUAUAGCAAAUCUUGCUGGAAACAAGUCCUUGGUUCUGCCAGUUCCUGCUUUCAAUGUCAUCAAUGGAGGUUCCCAUGCUGGCAAUAAACUGGCAAUGCAGGAAUUCAUGAUUCUUCCUGUCGGUGCAUCAUCUUUCAAAGAAGCUAUGAAGAUGGGCGUCGAAGUAUAUCACCACCUGAAGGCUGUGAUAAAGAAGAAGUAUGGACAGGAUGCCACCAAUGUGGGAGAUGAAGGUGGCUUUGCACCAAAUAUUCAGGAAAACAAGGAGGGACUUGAAUUGCUGAAGACAGCCAUAGAGAAAGCUGGAUACACCGGAAAGGUUGUAAUUGGGAUGGAUGUUGCUGCUUCGGAAUUCUAUGACAACAAAGAUAAGACCUAUGACUUGAAUUUUAAGGAAGAGAAAAAUGACGGAUCACAGAAGAUUUCAGGCCAAAGCUUGAAGAAUGUGUACAAGUCAUUUGUGACUGAUUAUCCAAUUGUAUCCAUUGAGGAUCCCUUUGAUCAGGAUGAUUGGGAGCACUACUCGAAGAUGACAGCUGAAAUUGGUGAGAAGGUGCAGAUUGUUGGCGAUGAUCUCCUUGUCACAAAUCCCAAGCGAGUGGAGAAGGCCAUCAAAGAGAAGACCUGCAAUGCUCUUUUGUUGAAGGUGAAUCAAAUUGGUUCUGUAACUGAAAGUAUUGAAGCUGUGAAAAUGUCCAAAAAAGCUGGCUGGGGUGUAAUGGCUAGCCACAGGAGUGGUGAAACUGAAGAUACUUUCAUAGCAGAUCUCUCUGUUGGAUUGGCCACGGGUCAGAUCAAGACUGGAGCUCCUUGCAGAUCAGAGCGUCUAGCUAAAUACAACCAGCUUCUUAGGAUAGAAGAAGAGCUUGGAUCUGCUGCAGUCUAUGCCGGAGCAAAAUUCAGAGCACCAGUGCAACCAUAUUAAUUCACUACUGUUUUACUAAUUAGUUUUCCUAGGCAGUGUCUCAAUAAGCGUCACGUCUGUACUCAGAAACAUGGUUUUUGCUUUGUGUUUAGGGCUUUUGCCAGCGGGGAAGUUGAAAGUAGAUGAAACAAUCCUUUGUGGUUUAAUUUAAAAACUGCCACCGGAUGUGGUUUAAUAAAGCAGGGUGAUUAUCUUGA